AUGGCCUCUCCCCGCGCAGGUAAUGCCCCCCCGGGUGUGGAUCCGGAGGCUUUCUCCUGGUUCCAGGCGGUCGAUGCGGAUCACAGUGGGUACAUCUCCGUGAAGGAGCUGAAGCAGGCGCUGGUCAACUCCAACUGGUCAACGUUCAACGAUGAGACCUGCCUGCUGAUGAUAAACAUGUUCGACAAGACCAGGUCGGGACGUAUAGAUGUGUAUGGCUUCUCCGCCUUGCUGCGCUUCAUCCAGCAGUGGAAGAACCUCUUCCAGCAGUACGACAGGGACCAGUCGGGCUCCAUCAGCUUCAGCGAGCUCCAGCAAGCUUUCUCCCAGAUGGGCUAUAACCUGAGCCCCCAGUUUAGCCAGUUGCUGCUGUCCCGCUACGCCCAGCGAUCCCCCAACCCCAGCAUCCAGCUUGACCGCUUCAUCCAGAUCUGUAUGCAGCUGCAGAGCACCACCGACGCCUUCCGCGAGAAGGACACAGGGCUGGUGGGCAACGUGCGGCUCAGCUACGAGGACUUCCUCACCAUGGUGGUGACCCGCAUGAUGUGA